AACCGCUUCUGUAAUAAAGAAAAGCAACCAGCACACAAGAAAGUUUAUUAUUUGUUCAUCUUUCUCUUCAUUUCUUUGUCAAAAAAAUUCAUGGCCCUCCUUCACUCAGCUCCAUCUCACACCCUACAUUAUUCCAUCACUAAGCUUAACCUGAAAAACCCGAGCCCGUUUGUCUCGAAAACUAGCUUCACUAGUAGAAAAUUGCAUUUCAGAGAGCCAAGUUUUGGUGCUACAAAGAUAUCAUGCAGACUUAUUCCUAAAAUUGUUCAGGACGGAGUGAACACUGUUGUGAACCCGGUUAUUUCCAUCGUUGAUGGCCUCCAACCUGCGACUUACACGCCGCCCAAAGAUGAUUUGAAAAAGGAGGAUUUCCCUGCUGAUUUUAUCUUUGGUGCCUCUACUUCCGCUCUUCAGACUGAAGGAAGAGGGGAUGAAGGUGGUAGAGGGAAAAGUACCUGGGACUUCAUGAUUGAAGCCGAAAAGGGCCAUAAAGCAGUCGACUCCUACAACCUUUAUAAGGAAGAUGUUAAAAUUUUGAAGGAAACAGGGCUAAAUUCUUACAGAUUUUCCAUUGCUUGGCCAAGGAUUUUGCCUAAUGGAACUGUGGAAUCAGGGAUCAACCAAGAGGGCAUUGAUUUCUAUAAUAACUUCAUUGAUGAAUUAGUUGCAAAUGGGAUCACUCCUAUCGUUACUUUGUUCCAUUUCGAUCUACCAGUGCCACUACAAAAACAAUACUUCGGCUUCAUGCGACCCAACGUAGUGGAACAAUUCACGGAAUUUGCUGAUCUUUGCUUUGAGAAAUUUGGUGACCGUGUUAAGUAUUGGGGGACGAUCAACGAGCCUUAUGUAUUUGGGGCGUAUGGGUACAAGAUGGGAUUGCCUAGCGAUCUUCAGAAAGAUCCAAGAGGUUCAUUCAUUGCCACCCACCAUAUCAUCUUAGCUCAUGCUUCUGCCGCGAAACUCUACAAAGAUAAAUACCAGAAAUCACAAAAAGGGAAAAUCGGAAUUUCGCUCCCAUGUAAAUGGUUUAUGCCACAUUCAACUGAUCCUAAAGACUUUGCUGCUUCAAAAAUGCAGUUGGAUUUCACCUUGGGAUGGUACAUGGACCCACUUAUUCGUGGGGACUACCCAGAAACAAUGAAAAAGAAUGUGAAGGGGCUACCAGAAUUCACAAAAGCUGAAAAGCAACUAAUCAAAGGCGCCUUUGAUUAUAUUGGUAUCAAUUAUUACACUUCCAGAUUCGUCGAACACACUUGUACUGUUGAUCCAAUGGCUGGCAAUAUCACUAUCAAUUUCAACGAACAAAUUGCUGAUGAUGAGGGAAAUCUUGUUGGGUUGCAAGCCAAAGGACAAGCUGACAUUUAUAUCCGUCCUGAUGGACUCAAGAAUUUGCUUCUCUACAUUAAGGAAGAAUAUGGCAACCCUGAAGUCUAUGUCACUGAGAAUGGUGUUCCUGAUAAACCAACUAUUACAAGUUCAAUUCAGGAUCUAAUUGCACAAGGUAAAACUGAAGAACUUGCGGCUGCUCUUGAUGAUGAUUACAGAAUCCAACAUACUCAAGAUCAUCUUAUUGCUGUUCGUGAAGCACGCAGCGAGGGAGCAAACGUGAAAGGCUAUAUAGUAUGGUCAUUGAUGGACAAUAUGGAAGUAGGAGCUGGUUAUGAUGUUCGCUUCGGUCUCAACUUUACAGAUUAUUUUGACAAUCACAAGAGAUACCCUAAGAAAUCUGCUAGAUGGUAUGCUGAUUUCCUUAAUGCUGACGGCACUAAGGAUUCCUUGAACUAAACCAAUACUAAUUGUGUGAGUUGAUAAUUCAUCAAGAAUUUAUGUGAAAUUCUAAUUGUACGGCUUUGACUUGUAGUCGUGGUGCAUUAUAGCAAAUACAAAUAAAGUUCAUUGUGAGCUAUAUAGGGUUUGAUAAGUGUUUUGUGUUCGAUCAAUUUUUUUUUUAUUUUUUUUUUGGUUCAGUGUUUUUUUUUUUUUUUUUUUUCAUUUGAAUUAUACUUUAUGUAAGAGUUGAUGUGUAUGAUUUUCGGUUUCAAUCAAUAACAUAAAACUUUUGAAUUUGUCUCAAA